AGUUUGUUUUAAUCUUUACACAAGAUUAUAACUGGAUUCAUCUAUUGUAUAAUGUAUUCUUUAUUCUUAAUGUGAAUAUUCAAUGUACUCUAUUAUUAAUUUAAUCAAUUAUGUGAUUUGACAGUAAUUUUAGAUUUUUGUGUGUCUCCAAGCAUAAAUAAAAAAACCAGUACAAGAUGAAUCUCAUCCUAAUGCGUCUACUUGUCUCAGCGUCAACAUAACCAAAGAAAAUAAUUCUUUAAUCCAGUGGCAUAAACAAAUUUAGUGUUUUACAACAAUGUUAAUUAUUGAAUAUCGGAUUCCUCUUCCACUCUCAGUGGACGAGUAUAGAGUGGCUCAACUUUACAUGAUCGCCAAAAAAUCUGCUGAGGAAACAAGUGGAGCUGGAAGUGGAGUUGAAAUCCUCGUUAAUGAACCCUAUGUUGAUGGUCCAGGAGGUCAAGGUCAAUAUACUCACAAAAUUUAUUACAUUGGUCAACAUCUUCCAGGUUGGUUAAAAGCUUUGGUCCCCAAAACAGCUGUAGUUGAAGAGGAAGCUUGGAAUGCUUAUCCAUACACGAAAACCCGUUAUACUUGUCCUCUUAUGGAAAAAUUUUCAAUCGAUAUCGAAACUAGAUAUUUCGAUGAUCCUGGAAAUCAAGAGAAUGUCUUUAAUUUACCAAACUCUGAAUUAAAGAAUCGAAUUGUUGAUGUAAUUGACAUUGUUAAAGAUCAACUGUUAAGCAAUGAGUAUAAAGAAGAGGAAGAUCCUACAAUUUAUGUUUCCCAAAAGACUGGCCGAGGUCCACUUACCCAUGAUUGGGUUGAAGAUCACUGGGAAUCCAUGAAGAAAACACCAACUCUGUCGAUAUCCGAUAAACGUAUCAUGUGUGCAUAUAAAUUGGUUCGUGUUGAGUUCAAAUAUUGGGGAAUGCAGAGUAAAAUUGAAAAAUAUAUCCAUGAAGCUCCUCUUCGUAAAACAAUGUUACAAGCUCACCGUCAAGCUUGGGCUUGGCAGGAUGAAUGGUUUGGUUUAACCAUGGAUGAUAUCCGUCGCCUAGAAAGGGAAAUACAGGAGCAAUUAGCUAAAAAAAUGGCAGCAAUAAACGAUCCCAACGCAAAAGAUAAUACUGACUCAAUUGAAAAUAACACUAAUAAAUUGGAAACUAAUCAUCCAUCUCAGGAGGUUAAUUUGGAUAUAAUAGACAAAGAUAAAGACGAUGAAGUAAAAAAAUUAUCCAUUGAAAUUCCUCGCAAUAAAAGUCCAUCGCCAAGUAUUAAUCAACAACAACAACCUCAACAAUCUAAACCAAAGCAACUCGAUGAUCAAAUUCAUGAACAACACCAAGGAACGCAGAGAAGACUUUCAUUGCGUAAAAGCUCACGCACGGGACUUCAUUCACCCGGAGAAACCUCUAAUCAAAGUUUAGAUGUACAAAUUGCCAGUUGGCGAAUGGAAAGUAUUGCCAAUGAAGAAGAAGAAUCAAGUUCAAAUGAAGAAUUUUAUGAUGCUCAAGAAAUGCUUGAAAGAGAAUCAUUAUCUAAAUGGAGUUCUCUGGAAUUUUCACCACCAGAAGAUUCAAACGAACAUGGGACAAUAAAAGAUCAUCAUGAAGAUCCAUUAGCUACUGAAGAUAGUAUUUUUUCAAGCUCAUUUAUUCAUAAAACUCAACUGGAACAUUCCCGUAAACAUAUAUCCAGUAUUAUGACCUGUGGUUCACUCGAUCAUUCGGCACCAACAUCACCCACAGUUUCACCAAGUCAUCAUCCUCAUCCUCAUUAUCAUCACUCCCAUCAAAUUGUCAAUACAUCAUCAUCAACCAGUUUCCUUAUUAUCAUCAUUCACGGUGGCAAUAUCCUUGAAUCAGGAGCUGAACCCAUUUCAUCUAAAAAAUCAGAUUUCACCACUUUCCGAGGAGCCUUUGAAUCAGUUAUCAGGUCACAUUAUCCUUCGUUGACAGGGAAAAUUGCAUUUCGUUUAGUAAUCGCUCCAGCCAUUUGUGCUGACGCUUUAGCUGUUUUAUCAAGUCUGAGUCCAUACAGUUUUCAAUCUUCUCCAUCGGCCAUUGAUGGAGUCUGUCAUUCAUAUGAAGCAGUUCCUUUCGGAUCCUUGCCCUUAUUUGCCAUUUCAUCACAAGAAUAUCAAGAUAAUGUGUCAAAAGUAAUUAACACAGCCAACCAAGUAUAUCAAGAAUUUCUUAAAUCAGAGGAAGGUCUUGGUUUUUCUGGAGGUGUUAUUCUCAUUGGUGAUUCCAUUGGCUCUGUGAUAGGUUUUGAUGCUCUUUGUCGAUCAUCAUUGAACAACAAUAAUAAUUCCUUUAAUGGAAGUGAUAAUAGUAUUGCUGAUAUGGCUGAAAAUAUAUCAAAUACUUCAGGCGGUAAUAGUCGACCCAAAUCAGCAAGUCCUGCUAAUCUUACUUUACGUCAAAAUCCACUUAUAUCAAUUUCAGAUGGAAGUGGUCCUGAGGACUGUGAUGAAAUUAAAUGUGAUUCAUUUAGACCUGCAUCAUCAUCAUCAACAUCAGCACCAGUAUCAACACAGCCCCAACCUCCGACUAAUGUUACUUCUGGUUUCAACCGGAGAAGUAAAAUGUCCAAAAAUCGAUCCCAAGAUUCAUUUAACAACAAUCAUGAAGAUAAUGUCCAUCUUUACCUCAAACUUUUAUCAGCACCAGAAUCUCGUAGAAGAAGUUCUGGUGAUUCAAGUGAUCAAAGUUAUUCGCAUAAAUUUGAAUUUGAUGUCAGUGAUUUUUUCAUGUUUGGUUCCCCACUCAGUUUGGUUUUAACUUUUCGUAAAAUGCUCUACCUGGAAGAUAAAAAUUCCAUGUUUGCUAAACCCAGUUGUACACAGCUUUAUAAUUUGUUUCAUCCUAUGGAUCCAACUGUUCUCAGAAUCGAACCAUUAUUGAGCGCUCGAUUCUCUCAUAUUCCUCCCAUUAACGUUCCAAAGUAUUCAAAAUUUCCGUUAGGAGAUGGACAAAAUCUUUGUUUAAACGACUGCAUGAGUCAUUACGCCCAUGUUUUUACAAGUUCAUCUUUAACCAUUGGACAACACACUACUUAUCCUCGUCGCGUCAGUGAUAUAAGCCUAACUUCCGAGGGAUUCGGUGAUUCACUUACCACGCCAUUAGUGCAGCAAAUUACACAAAAAUGGUGGGGAACUAAAAGACUUGAUUACGCUCUUUAUUGUCCGGAAGGGUUGACAAAUUUUCCAGUCCAUUCUUUGCCCUAUCUUUUUCAUGCAAGUUUCUGGGAAUCCAAUGAUGCCAUUGCAUUCAUAUUAAGACAGUUGGUUCGAACGGAUUUACUACCUUUAAGUGAACCUGAAAAAGAGUUUACUCCUUUCGUACCGAAUCAAGGAAAAGAAAAAUGGAUUCGUAAACGGACCUCAAUCAAACUUAAAAAUAUUACAGCAAACCAUCGCGCUAACGAUGUAAUAGUCAAAGAAGGUGCAGAUCAAAUAAUUACUGCUCGUUUUAUGUAUGGACCACUGGAUGUUGUAACUCUUACCGGUGAAAAGGUCGAUAUCCAUAUGAUGAAAGACUUAACUCUUGGUGAAUGGACUUAUUUGAGUACAGAAACAACUGAUAAAACAGGACGAAUCUCGUAUUCCAUUCCUGCUGAAAAGGCUUUAGGAUUUGGGAUUUAUCCAUUUAAACUUAUUGUACGCGGUGAUCAUACAUCAAUAGACUUUUUUCUUGCUGUUGUUCCUCCUAGAACAGAAGUUGUCGUUUUCAGUAUUGACGGUUCAUUCACAGCAAGUGUUUCAGUUACUGGAAGAGAUCCAAAGGUUCGUGCUGGAGCAGUUGAUGUUGUUCGUCAUUGGCAGGAACUUGGUUAUUUAAUAAUUUAUAUUACCGGCCGACCUGAUAUGCAACAACAGAGAGUAAUUUCUUGGCUAUCUCAGCAUAAUUUUCCUUUUGGUUUGGUUUCAUUUGCUGAUAGAGUAUCAACUGAUCCUCUCAAGCAUAAAGCAGAGUAUCUUAAGUAUCUUCAACAAGAGAGUGAUGUUGUAAUUCAUGCAGCUUAUGGAUCUUCAAAAGAUAUUUGGGUUUAUCAACAAAUUGGAUUAAGACAAGAUCAAAUCUACAUUGUUGGCAAAGUAUCAAAGAAACAUCAAACCAAUGCAAGGAUACUCAGUGAAGGAUAUGCAGCUCAUCUAGCUGAGCUUGUGGUUCCUGGUGCUUGUAGACCUGCAAUGGGAAAUGCACGAAUGGUUUUACCUCGAGGUUGCUUAGGAAUGGGAACUUAUCCUGGCUUGGGAGGAAUCCGAAGUCGAAAAUCAGCUAAAAAAACAGCUUCUUACCCGCUGUCCUCUGGCAACCAAGGAAAUGACUCGCCUGGUACAUCUGGAUGUUCAUCUUCGUCUAACCAUGAAGCAGGACCAUUUACCAGUUUUUUCGGCACUCGAGGAGGUUCAAAUAAAUCCAAGUGAUCCAUCAAUAAUGAUUAAUAUAAAUUAAUAAGCAUAAAGAAAAAUUUACGAUAUCUUGGAAAAUUGUUGCAUUUUUACCAAACGUUUUCUCGUUUUACCUCUCUUAUUGACUCAACUUGAUCUUAAUAAUUUCUUCUAAUUGUUACGAUAUUAUAGCAGUUGGCUGCUUCUUUUUCUCAUUGUUGUUUUGAUUUUCUACUUAGUUCCAAUUAUUGAAUUGUUGAGAGAGUACAAUUAAGAAAAUACACAAAGUUUCAAGUUGAAUUGUUAUCUGUUGAUGUUUUGGCUUUAAUUCACAUAUGUAUCAUGAUUAAAAAUACAAAUAAACUCAUUAAUUGACUAUA